AUGAAUGCGUUACGCGAGAGAUGCGCGUGCACCGAGUACGGUGUGAACUAUUACAAAGUGCUGUCGUUGGCGAGAAAUUGCAACGACGCGGAGAUCAAAGACGCCUCUUUCUCUUUCAGAUACCGACGAUGCGCCACACGAUACAACCCCGCGCAGCAAAAGAACGAAGGUGCCGAGGCGAUUUUCGCCUUAGCAGCUGAAGCGUACGACGUGCUCUCGGAUCCUCUUAGAAGGGCCGUGUAUGAUCAAUACGGUGAAGAGGGUCUUAAAAAUGGUGUGCCGGGACCAGAAGUAUUUGCGCAGCCUUACGUCUAUCACGGCGAGCCGAUGCGGACCUUCAGGGAGUUCUUCGUCGAUGAAAAUCCGUACGAAGAUCUCUUGAAUAUCCUGACGGAGCCACAACCCCUGCUGGAAUUCCUCGAAGGUCGAGGGAGAAAACGGAAGGAGGAACCCUGGAUCAAAACCCUGUCUCUAACUCUAUCGGAGGUCUUUUUCGGUGGAAUAAAAAAGAUGAAGGUCCAGAAGUUGGUCUUAGUCGGCAACGAUAUGUCGAUGACGGUGCCGACGGAGAAGAUCUUGACGAUACCCAUUAAGCCGGGAAUCCCAGCGGGUACUAGAAUAGUAUUUCCAGAAGAGGGUGAUCAGGGAGCCACGAAGAUACCCGCGGAUGUUAUCUUCGUCACGGAGGAUCGGCCUCACGAAACGUUUCGGCGAGAGGACUCGGACUUGCACACGACGGUCGAUAUCUUUCUGAGGGAAGCGCUGACCGGAACAGUGAUCACGCUUAACACCAUCGACGACAGGACUCUUCGGAUCCUGAUAACGUCGAUCAUUACGCCGGACUAUACGAAACGAGUGCUGGGCGAGGGUAUGCCACUACUAGCGAAUCCGCGACGGAGGGGCGAUCUGAUUCUACGGUUCAACGUCGAGUUUCCGGUUUACCUACCAUUGUCUAAAAAGAACCACAUUAGGAAAGCCUUCGAGGUGUCUCGCGCGCCUAGCGUCGAGGAUGCCGAGUACAUUCAUCGCCUGCUGCUGGCCGAUAAAAUGCGCAGAAAUGUCGACGACGACGUGCCGCUCCGACGCGGCGCGAACGACGAGGCGGAUCAAUUGAAAUUCAUAUGCGAAACGUAAUUUCGAGAGCGUAUCUCCCAAGCGUACAUAUUUCACGCGUUAUUUGAUAUGCAUAUUGACUAGAUGUCGCCCGUCAUGACAUUUCUCGACGUCAUAAACUCCACGAGAAAUUAUCAGGAUAAAAGCGGCACGAAUAUUACCGCCUGCGUACGCGCUAGCGCGCGAUCGAUUAUUUCAUCACAAUGCAUAAUCAGUAGUUACGGCUCAACUAUUGUAAAAUGUAAAUGUUGACGGCGAUUAACGCGAUCAAUCCGACGAUAUUGCGAAUGCAAAUAUAAAAGCGGCGCCGCUGCAACAAUACACGCGUUCCGAUGCGUGCGGUAAAUCAUUUUCACGCGUGCACAUUUAAUCCCGCGUGUUCGUUCACGCCGAUGUUUUAUUAUUUAUUCCCCCGGCGAAUAUUCACGUCCUUGGCGCUCGCCGUAUCGAAUCGAAACGCUGAAAAAUCAUUUGCGCGAGCGCGAACGAGACAUGCUUCGACAUGCGUAUUUCCUCGUCCCUGACGUCAUAGUCCGAAAUAGCUGAUGCUGCUGGUACCAUUGACCCUUUAACACGCGCAUGAAACACACCGACGAU